AGACAGUUUUGAUGUUUGAUAUGAGAAAAUGGCGUCCGUGAGCUUGGUGGUGGUAUUACGUGCAGUGAUAUAAACAUUGGAAAAAUAUCAACAUUUUUCAAAUAUGUACGUCUAAUGGGGUUUUUUAAUUAAGGAUUACAGUGUUAGUGUUGUGAAAAUGGCGGCGAAUAUGUAUCGUGUUGGAGAUUAUGUAUAUUUCGAGGCGUCUUCGACAUCCCCUUAUCAGAUCCGGCGUAUAGAGGAAUUAAAUAAAACGGCUACGGGAAAUGUAGAAGCCAAAGUGAUGUGUUUUUAUAGACGAAGAGAUUUGCCUAGCCAGCUGAUCCAGUUAGCAGACAAACACCAAUGUGCCUUAGACGAAUCUGGAGAAAGUCCCAUUCCCGAAAUGGGUGGUCGCGCCAGCGAGCUGCUCAGUCCGAAGCAGAGACACCAGAUGAAACAUCGAGAGCUCUUCCUUUCUCGUCAAGUGGAAACCUUACCCGCUACGCAUAUUCGCGGCAAGUGUUCCGUUACUCUAUUCAACGAAACCGAAGCUCUGGCAUCUUAUCUCAACAAAGAUGACAUGUUCUUCUACUGCCUUGUGUUCGAUCCUACGCAAAAAACCCUGUUAGCCGACAAAGGCGAAAUCAGAGUCGGCUCCCGGUACCAGUGCGACGUUCCUCCUAUGUUUAAGGAGACGGAAGAGGAUGAUCGUAAUCUAACCGAACUAGAAACUCUUAUUUGGACACCCGAUCAUAACCUCAGUGAUAGACAAAUAGAUCAAUUUCUGGUAGUGUCGAGAUCCGUAGGUACGUUCGCUAGGGCUUUGGAUUGUAGUUCGAGCGUUAAACAACCGUCUUUACAUAUGUCGGCCGCCGCGGCGAGUCGGGACAUAACCUUGUUUCACGCUAUGGAUACGUUACAUCGGCACACCUAUAAUUUAUCAAGUGCGUUGUGUUCGUUGGUGCCCUCCAGCGGGCCGGUGCUUUGUAGAGACGAAAUGGAGGAAUGGAGCGCCUCGGAAGCCAACCUCUUCGAAGAGGCAUUAGAUAAAUAUGGGAAGGAUUUUAACGAUAUUCGUCAUGAUUUCCUUCCAUGGAAAACACUAAAGAAUAUAAUAGAGUAUUAUUACAUGUGGAAAACUACGGACCGAUAUGUACAACAAAAACGAGUGAAAGCUGUGGAAGCGGAGUCAAAAUUGAAACAAGUCUACAUUCCUAACUACAAUAAACCAAAUCCUGCGGCAUUAAAUAAUAACAAAGGUGUUGUUAAUGGUAGUAACGGCAGCUCAGAUCCAGCGGUGUCUUUAGGUGGAAAGGCGUGCGAGUCGUGUAAUGUAACUGUAUCAAACCAAUGGUACGCCUGGGGUCCUUCGCAUAUGCAGUGUCGUCUGUGCCAAGCAUGUUGGCAAUAUUGGAAAAAGUACGGAGGGUUAAAAAUACCGACAAGAUUUGGUGACGGUGAUUUUGAAAACGGUGGCAAGAAAAAAUCGGGUAGUGACGUGGACGAAGAAAGAUUGCCUGGCAUGUCACAUCGGCCGCACCGUUGUAAUAUCGGCGGUUGUGGAAAGGAGUUCAAACUUAAAGCACAUUUAGGUAGACAUUAUGCCACUGCUCACGGACUAGUUAUCAGAUCUGGUUCACCAAGACCAAUUAUGAAAACUAGGACGGCGUUUUAUUUGUUCACGACGCCAAUUACUAGGAUUUCCAGAAGGUUGUGCAGACAUAUUAUGAGGCCGAGACACGCAGCCAGGGCUCCGUUCUUUGCUAUUAAUAUACAAGCUGUCAAACAGGAGUGCAGUAUACAAAUGGAGGGAAAAUCAUUACCUGAACUGAAACAACUGCUUGUGUACCGAAAAAAGAAUAGGGGUAGUGUGACAGCGAUAGCUACAAGACUGGGUAGACCGAGUCCGAUCGUUCCCCAAUGGUUAAUAUUAACUGACAAGGAUAUGCUGCCACAACCUGAUAGGGUGGCCUUCCCCAAGCCUCCGAAAGCUCCAGACGGCAGUCUUCUGUACGAGAGGGUACCUAACAAACCAGAAGCUGAGAAAAUACCUUUGAAUAACAUGUCGCCGUCGCUGAAGAGACGCGCUUAUGAUGAGAUGAACGGAAUGGACAGUGUCGCUCUGAGUGCUCCGCCACCGACGAAAAGAAUAACAAAGGAACCAAUCCAAGUGACGCGACCCGAACAAUUCCAAGCCCUAAUGGCCGCUCAAAUGUUACCUGCUCAACCGUUACCCCGUCACAUCGCACAAAUCAACGGCAAACCUAAAAUCGCACACAUGACGAGAACGGGUUCAGGUAGGAAACAAGUCAUAAGUUGGAUGGACGCCCCAGACGAUGUUUAUUUUAGAGCUACAGAGGCUAACAAAAAAAUUAGACGGCAAGUUACAUUAGCAGAACUAAGGCGAGGAGCCAGAAAACCAUGGAGGCAGUUGCGUACCAAAAUGGACGACCUGCAAGUGGUUGUGCUGGAUUGACAGUGAAUCCAAAUCUACAAACUGUAAAUUAACUUCGCCAAGUGCUCAUUGUGCCGAGGCACAGAUUUUAAGCGGACAUUUUUAUAGAAAAUAGGCCAGUCUGUGGAUAGUUAAUACGCGAAUCAGUUCGGUUCAUCUUGUUUUUGAUAAAUAAAAUCGUUUUGUUUAAUGG